AUUAUUUUGAUAUUUUUAUAGUGAUAACACAACUCAAUUAUUAAACAGCCGUCGAUAAAAUGCUCAAGUUUUGUUUUGAGAUUGUUAUUGUUGGAAGUUUUCUGCAAAGUUUGGAGGCAACCUUUUGUGACAAUGUCAUAUUCAAAAAUGGAGAAAUAACUGAAUCAAAGAAGUCUCCAUAUCCUGUGGGAACCAUCCUCACUUUUGAAUGUGACAUCGGGUACAAAGGCGUUGGAACCAAUCAAAUAAACUGUUUAAGUAAUGGACAUUGGUCAGAUCCUGUUCCUUUCUGUCAAGCAUUUGUUUGCUCAAAAAAUUUGAAGGAAGUAGAAGAGGGAAGAACUUGUCAAAAGAGUUGUAUCGACAGCUUUGACUGUCCAGGAAGCUUCACACGAUGCCUUUGUGAUGAUGUUUGUGGAAAAUCUUGUUACAAUCGUGCGUUCAAAUGUCCUACACCAGAAGCUCCAGAAAAUGGUUAUGUCUUGUAUAACAAGUUAUCACAUGGACAUACAAUAUCCUAUGGAUGCGAUAAAGGUUAUGCUUUAUCUGGACCCCAAACAAGAACUUGUAGAUCUGAUCAAAACUGGUCUGGAUAUCAAGCUAAAUGUAUUGAAUAUGGAGUUUGUGGUCAAGCAGGGGAUGUUCAGAAAGAAGUAAAAUCUAAAGUUAUUGAAGGUACAGAUGCACAAAUAGGAGCAUGGCCCUGGCAGGCACAGCUCUUCCGAAGAAGUGAGGGUUUGCAUAAAGACAGUGGCUUUGGUGGUGGCUCCAUUUUGAAUAACAAAUGGAUACUUACAGCUGGACAUAACUAUCCCUUGGCUUUCCCAAGAAAUAAAAAUACUAAAGAGUGGAAAAAAUUCUUUUUGGUUGUAGUAGGAAUAUCAGAGUAUCCAGAAAAAGGAAAAUUACCUCCUACUGCAGACAUCAUUGAACCUGAGAUUUUAUUUACUCAUUCAAAAUUUGAAAUGGAGACUAAUGAUUAUGACAUUGCAUUGAUUAGAGUAGGAAACCAUGUUAAGUGGGAUGGAGAGAAAUUCGUCAUUGACUCAAGUCAAACUCCUGGGGUUCUAAUCUACUCACAAUAUAUACGUCCAGUUUGUUUUCCAUGCAUGAAGGAUUAUGAUUCUCCGCCUAACGAUUUUGUGAAUAAGUUUGAUUCUGCACAGUGUUCUACUUUAAAAGUUGAACGAGAUUCAGAAUCUGGAACAGAGACUAUAGUAACAGGUUUCGGAUUCAAAAGAGAUCCUGGAUCAUCUUUUCAAUAUGUACCUAAAGUUUUACAACAGGGACAUUUGUCAAUAUUGGCUCAAAUAAAGUGUAUACAGGCAGCACAGAAUUCUCAAAUAGCCAGAUUUACUGAUAGAAUGAUUUGUGCAAAAAGUCAUAAUAAGUCACAGUAUGUGGACUCAUGUCAAGGAGACAGCGGAGGACCAUUGGUUAAGGUUGUUGGCCCCAAAGAAAAUCGACGUUGGAUACAAAUUGGAAUCGUGAGCUGGGGUCUAGGUUGUGGAAAUAUGUAUCCAGGGUUUUAUGCAUAUAUACCAUAUUUAAUGGAUUGGAUAAUAAUGACAAUAAAGAAAAAUGAGGAAUCAAAUAAAAAAGUACCAGGUUCAGAGGCACCAGUUACAACAAAAGAGAUUACAACAUCAACAUCAUCACCCAGUGAAAUAGGGUGUGGCCAAGUGGAUAGAAAGUAUGCUAAUAGAGGAGGAACAGCAGCUCUGCCUGGAGAGUGGCCAUGGCACGUUAACAUUCUUAUCGCCAGAUCAGCAUGUAGUGAUUUUAUUUCAUCUGCAUCACUAUUGCCAUCUGGAUCUAGAUCUGGAUCUGGAUCUGGAUCACUUAUAAACAACAAUUGGAUUUUAUCAGCAUCAUAUAUAUUUACUAUCAUGAAAAUUGCCUUGAGGGAACAAUGUGCCAUUCUUAUUCUUGGUUCUAUAAUGUUUGAAUCAUCUUUUAAAGAAGCAAGGGCUUUCCAAUCUGCCGAGGUGUUUCUCCAUCCAAAUCGCAACUUAAGAAGUAGUUUCGACUAUGAUGCUGCUCUGAUACGAAUUGGAAAACCAGUAAAAACCGUUAGAAAUGGAUGGAUGGUUGAUGAUUCUAUUCAAGCCGGUAUUGUGCAGUUUAAUGAUUUCAUUCGACCAGUUUGUUUACCUUGCGUAACAGAAUGUGGAAUUUCAUCCUCUUACACUGUUGAAGAAUGUGCAGCUCAUGGAAAAGCGCUCGCUUCCAUGAAAUCCGCAACAGCUGGUCAAAGGACACUCAUGACUGGGGUCAAUGUGAGAAAUACAAAGGUGCUCGCAUAUAACAAUCUUGAAAAAGAUGUUGUGGACAUAUUGAAUAGGCAAUGGUGUAGCAGUGAAUUGGAGAGAAUCGAUAAUACUAUGACUUUCACAGAUUCCAUGUUGUGCACUUUAUCAAGGAGAGCUGAUGCUCCAUGCUUGUCAACGGGCGGGAGUGCUUUAGUGAAACAAAUCAAAAGAGGUGAUAAAACUUGUUGGGUGCAGUUGGGUAUAGCCACUUUUGGAGGAGCCUGCAAUGAAAGAAGGUCUCCUGAAUACUACACAGACGUAACAACAAUACAUUCUUGGAUAAAGCAGACAAUACAACUAAAAGGUUCAGAGGCACCAGUUACAACAAAAGAGAUUACAACAUUAACAUCAUCACGCAGUGAAAUAGGGUGUGGCCAAGUGGAUAGAAAGUAUGCUAAUAGAGGAGGAACAGCAGCUCUGCCUGGAGAGUGGCCAUGGCACGUUAACAUUCUUAUCGCCAGAUCAGCAUGUAGUGAUUUUAUUUCAUCUGCAUUACUAUUGCGAUCUGGAUCUGGAUCGCUUAUAAACAACAAUUGGAUUUUAUCAGCAUCAUAUAUAUUUACUAUCAUGAAAAUUGCCUUGAGGGAACAAUGUGCCAUUCUUAUUCUUGGUUCUACGAAGUUUUCAUCAUCUUCUAAAGAAGCAAGGGCUUUCCAAUCUGCCGAGGUGUUUCUCCAUCCAAAUCGCAACUUAAGAAGUAGUUUCGACUAUGAUGCUGCUCUGAUACGAAUUGGAAAACCAGUAAAAACCGUUAGAAAUGGAUGGAUGAUUGAUGAUUCUAUUCAAGCCGGUAUUGUGCAGUUUAAUGACUUCAUUCGACCAGUUUGUUUACCUUGCGUAACAGAAUGUGGAAUUUCAUCCUCUUACACUGUUGAAGAAUGUGCAGCUCAUGGAAAAGCGCUCGCUUCCAUGAAAUCCGCAACAACUGGUCAAAGGACACUCAUGACUGGGGUCAAUGUGAGAGAUACAAAGGUGCUCGCAAAUAACAAUCUUGAAAAAGAUGCUGUGGGAAUAUUGAAUAGGCCCUGGUGUAGCCGCAAAUUGGAGAAAAUCGAUAAUACUAUGUCUUUCACAGAUUCUAUGUUGUGCACUUUAUCAAGGAAAGCUGAUGCUCCAUGCUUGUCAACGGGCGGAAGUGCUUUAGUGAAACAAAUCAAAAGAGGUGAUAAAACUUGUUGGGUGCAGUUGGGUAUAGCCACUUUUGGAGGAGCCUGCAAUGAAAGGUCUCCUCAAUACUACACAGACGUAACAACAAUACAUUCUUGGAUAAAGCAAACAAUACAACCAAAAGGCUGUAAACACCCUUCAAGUCGGUGUCAGAUUCUGUAUUCAGAUGCUGUAUUUCCGGGCGAAUCUGUCUACCCAUCAUAUAAGGGUUUUACAAAUAACCCCACAAUAAGACGGGAAGGAAAAUCGGCUUCUGGAAUGGUCACAGCGUUUGCGCAUUUGGUAAAAUAGCUCAUAAUGACUUUUUCUACCACAUAAUAUUUAACCCAUAAUAACUGUCUUUUUAUUUUAAUUUAAUUGUGUUCAACAUAACUGGCAAUCAUGCGGCCAAAUAAAAUCUGUCGUGGGCCAUUCUAAAGCAAAACUUAUGGUGUUUUCUGUUUUAUUUUUAGUAUUUUAUAAUGUCGCUUUUUAAUCAGGAAAAUUUGGUUUGCGUAUUGACUUCUUUAUUUAUCUUAGAAUUUCAUCACCGAUGAUUAUGUAAUAACUCGUUUUCUCACGAAUAUGGUGCGUGACACAAAACAUAAUAUGUCUUAAGAAAUUGUGAUUAAGGGAAAAAUAAACACUGAAAUAAAAGAUGUUAUGGCCUAAUGUUUAUGGCGACCAAAACAAUUGACGCUUUUCACGAAAUGCAACGCACAUGUGAUAGUAACGGCAAUAGCCCUUUAACUCAUGAUAAUUUAAACUGGCCUGACGGGGAGGCAGUACUUUAUGGUACAAAUUGAAUAAGCAGACCCAAAAUAAUGGAAAUGACCAUCGUCACCCAAUUAGAUGCCGUCCCCCUCUCCCAAAUCAGGCCAAAAGUUGGUUCUAGAAUCGAGGCGUUUUCAUAAUUAUCAGCGAUGAGAUGUUAAAGAUAAAUAGAGAAGUCAAUUCGCAAGCCGAAUUUCCACAUUGGAGAGUUAUUAUAAGAUACUAAAAUGAAACGGAAAACACUAUAAACUUUGUUCUAGGAGACUCCCAACAGCUAAAAAAAAUGCCUUGUUAAUCUCAUUAUUUUUUGCCAAGACAUAUUAUUUACCGGUUGACUUUGAAAAUUAUACAGUCACCAAAAUAAAUCUAAACGCAAUCAAUCUUACUCGCGAUAUACUUUUUAUAUAUUCAAAAAAUAACAACGGAAAUUGAUGAGACUUUUCUCCAGAACAUGCUAUGUUAUGGAUCAAAACAAGAUAUAAUGGGGCACUUUGCCAUACAUUUUUAUGAUAGGUGACUGCUGCGGUGCAUUUUGGAGUAGUUAAACCUUUCUUUUGUUGUAAAACGACUCAAUCUCGAGAUACGUUGAACAGAAUUGAAGACAUUUGAAAUGGAUUGGAUAUUCAACGCCACGA